CCCAGACUGCAGGAGCCAGAGACGCGCAGCAUCCUCGCUCCGGACGCAGGUAACGGGGCUCGCUUUUCGCCAGGGGACCGUCGGAGGAGCCCAUCUCCAGGGUGGGGCGGCUGCAGGAGGAGGGCAGGGAGGAAAGGGGGUUCGGCGGAAAGCGGAGACCACUGUCCCUUCUCUUGUUCAUAUUUUCUUGCCCCCACCCCCGUGAAAUUUUGGAGACGUGAGGCCGCAGAACCGGAGGCGGAGGGUGGGGUGGGCGAUGAAGAGAGGUGGAAGAAGAUGGAGUAGGAAAGGUGGGAUGGAGGAAAGGAGCGGUUAACCGCCCGGGGGAAAUGAACGCACGAAUAAAAAAGACUGCAUUCCUUUGCGCAAAGGUACAAGCACAGCGUUUACUCGUGAGCAAACGUGCCCAAUAUUGCUCUGUUAGGGAGAGACAGAGCCGAGGAAGAAAGAGAUGAGCAUGGAGGAGGAAAGAGGCGAGUGGAGGAGCCACGAAGGUGGAGGAGAAUAGAUCUGGGAUGCAGGCAAGGGCAGGGAAAGGGGGAUGGAGAUCUCGCUUGAAGCGGGGAGCGAUGCCCUGCAAAGGAGCAGGAUUUCCAGACGGAAAGCAAAAACGUCAAGGAGUCUCCUGUCACCUUAGAGACUAACCCUUUUAUUGCGCUUUUGUGGACCAGACUCCGCUUCCCCAGAGAAAAGGACGGCAAAGGGGGCAGGGUUGGGUCUCUUACGCUUUUGCUUCCUCUGCCUUAGUGACCCUCUCGGGUCCCCUCUGACGCAGCAGCAGCAGCCCCGGAGGGCGACACCAUUGGGCGCUGCCAUCUUUCUCAUCACCCUAGAGCUUUUCUUGGUAUUCUUAUGAGGGUCUCCCUGUGGGAGGGGGCUGCCACCCCGCCCUUCCUCUUGCAGAUUUGCCCGUUCUUCCGCCUUACAGACCCCACCGCCACAUGCAGAAAGUGUUGGGAGGGAGGAGGAGAAAUUCGUCGCCUGCCCAGAAAUGCGAGAGAGAGGCUGUACUGAUGGAACAGAUCCGGCAUUCGAUUUCCAAGACUGUCUAACGCGGGCAUACUUGCUGUAUCAGCGCCACAUGCCUGGGGGGGGGUUGCUGCAGUAUCCCCCACAGGGUAGAGAGCCGUUGCCCUCAAACCAGUAACCUGAUCUCCUUGGGUGGCGGACUCCAGCUGGGUGUCAGGAGCGCUGCGGUCACCGCGCCAAGGUCUAGGAAUGUGGAAAACGCAGGUGCAGUCUGGGAAGGCUGGGUGCGGGACAUGGCGGUGCCGCAGACCCUGUGCCAAGCGCUCUGCUGGCGAGGCUUUUUCCGCAGCUGUCUGUUCUGCAAGGGCAGCACCUUAGCCAGCCCUGCAGCAGCAGCAUGGUGGACUGCAUUGCUGGUGCAGUCUAGACCGGUCCUUCGAUAUCCUGUGGGGUAGGCGUUAUUAAAGUGGGGGGCAAGGAAGCAUCAGCACAGGCUGUUGUUGUUGUUCAGGCUGUGGCUUGCCAGAUCUGCAGGCUGGCUGCAACUGCCAGCAGUUUGGUCUGUCUCUUUAGCUGGUGACCAGGGAGGAACCUUCUCCAGGUCAGCGCAGCUCCUUUAUAGCAACAUACAGCAGUCUUUACAAUGAGCCAUAGGUCUAUGUAGCUCAGUACUGCCCACACUAAAUGGCAGCAACUCUCGGGGGUUUCGGGCAGGAAAUCCUGGAGAGCUGCUGCCAGUUGGUGUGGGAUAUACAGAGCUACAUGGACCAAUGAUCUGGCUCAGUAUCAGCCAGACCAUUGGUCCGUCUAAUUUAGUAUCAUCCGUUCUGCAGGCAGAAAACCACACAUAGGAUUAGUGUUUUGGCUACACUCACUUGCAGUGGAUUUUCAGGUGGGACAUAUCCAGCCCUGCUUGGAGGUGCCAGGAAACUUUUGCGUGCAAAGAAAAUACCCUGCCACUCAGCUGCGCCACUUCCCCACAAACCCAGGACAUCGCACAGCUCGAGAGAAAUGGCCUAAACUAAUUGCAGGGCUAUGAAUUCUCCUACUGUCUGCCUUGAAAGACUUUAUUUGUUCCUAGUGUUCACUGGGCUGGUUCUGCAUAAACAGUGCACUCAGGCUAUGCCCAGUGAUGCUAUUCUUACAACAUGGGUGUAGCUGACCAAUCACGUCGGUUCUGCCAAAUUUUGUCCUUGCUCAGGGUGCCAUAUUACCAAAGUCUGCUCCAUACGGAGCGUGCCUGUUGAUGUAGGGCAGGAGGGAAGCAGCAAGACAAAGGCAGGCUUGAUAUCAAAUUAAGGCAUGACCGUUAGGAAAAGGGGAGGAGUUGGGGUGUGCAGUAGAUGGAAGCGGUUCGUAACAACAGAUGUCCGUCUGACAAGCCCAUGUCUGCCUCCUCCAAAUUCCUAUUUCUCUUAUUUAUUUAUUUAUCCCACCCUUCCUCCAAGGAACUCAAGGUGGCGUACAUGCUUCUCUGCUUCCCCAUGUUAUCCGCACAACAACCCUGUGAGGUAGGCUAGGCUGAGAGACGAUGACGAGCCCAAGGUCACACACCCUGUAAGCUUCAUGGCAUGGUGGGAAUUUGAUCCCAGGUCCUAGUUGGGCAAACUAACCAGAAAUACCACACUGGCUCUUAAAUAUUCCUUCUCAUCUCUCUCUCUCUCUCUCUCUCUUCCCCACCCUUCCUCUCAAGGUUCCUUUCAGGGACCUUGGGAAGCUACCUGAUAUUGAGUCCCACAAUUUGUCCAUCCAUUUCUGUAUUAUCUACCUGGACUGGCAGAAGCUCUCCAGGGUUUCAGGCAGGGCUGCUUCCCAGCCGUACAUGGAGAAGCAGGGAUAGGACCUGGGACCUUCUGCAUGCAGAUUAGAGGCUCUGCUGCUCAACUAUGAGCGUAGCUCAGUGGUAGAGCAUCUGCUUUGCAUGCAGAAAGACUCAGGUUCAAUCCCUGGCAUCUCCUGUCUUUUAAACGCUGGAGAGCUGCUGCCAGUCGGUGUAAACAGUACUGAGCUGAAUGGACCAAUGGUCUGACUCAGUAUAAGGCAGCAUCCUAUAUCCCCCUCCUUCCAUGAGCUUUAGUUUUACUAAUUAGCAACCCAGUGGGCCUGCUUUGAAAGGGGGGAGGUAGAUGGUGCUCUGGGAGCAAGAUAAAACCUGUGUCCUUUUCUGAUGCAAAUCACACACACACACCCUUUUUAUAUCUAUAUUUUUACUCCACAGAGCUAACAGCAGUGGUGGAGGUGUGGGGAGGAAUUGGCAAAAGGUCACACCGAGGGAAAGGGUUCAAUUAAACCCCCUUCCCCACAGCAGACCUUCCUGGGUAUUCAGAACAGCCGCUCACAUACACAGCCCAACUGCUAACUCAUUAAAAAAAUUAAUGGGUUGUGUCCUAAUUCUCGCUCUCCAGCAUUAAAUCUGCUUCGUGCCUGUGAGUCAUCUUGUAAUAUAUCUUCCCACCGCGGAAGUCAGCAUGGGCUGCAGCUACUCAAAACAACAGAAGGGAUAAUUUUGGGGUACGGGGGGGGGGAGCCUCUGCAGCUACAGAGGGGGCAGGGGUCCCUUGCAAGCUGAUGAGCCACAUUGGCUCAAUUUCAAUUUAUUUAUUUGUUUUCUGCAUUUAUAUCCCUCCUUCAUCUUCCAAGGAACUGAAGGUGAUGUGCAUGGGUUCUCCUCUUCCCCGUUUCAUCUUCACAACAACCCUGUGAGGUGGGUUAGGCUAAGAGAGGAUGGCUGUCGCAAGGUCACCCAGUGGAGCUUCAUGGCUGAGUGGGGAUUCGAAUGCAAAAACCUAAAAAUACAGUGGUACCUCAGGUUAAGUACUUAAUUCAUUUCGGAGGUCCGUUCUUAACCUGAAACUGUUCUUAACCUGAAGCACCACUUUAGCUAAUGGGGCCUCCUGCUGCUGCCACGCCGCCGGAGCACAAUUUCUGUUCUCAACCUGAAGCAAAGUUCUUAACCCGAAGUACUAUUUCUGUUUUAGCGGAGUCUGUAACCUGAAGCGUCUGUAACCCAAGAUACCACUGUACAAAGUUAGCCCCUUGAGAAGGCUCUGGGUCGUGGAAGGGGCCGCUGUCACCCUCUGGAUGUUACUGGUCUCCAUUAGUCACAGAGGGCAGUGGUUAGGGGUGAUGGGAGUUGUAGUUCGGGAACAGAGAUGGGGAACCUCAAGCCUGGCAUAAGGCACCUUCCUGUGUUUUUGUUAUGCAAAAUGGCUUUGGCUCAGUGGGAGGGUGUCUGCUUUGCAUGCUGAAGGUCCCAGGUUCAGUCCCUCACCCUGGCUUCUCCUGGUAGGGCUGGGAGAGGCCCCUGCCUGAAACCCCCAUAAUUGCAGACAAUACUGAAAUAAAUGGACCAGUGCUCUGACUCGGUGGGAGGUAACCUUUACUGCUUAGUAAAGGUAAAGGGUAAAGGGACCCCUGACCAUUAGGUCCAGUCGUGACCGACUCUGGGGUUGCGGCGCUCAUCUCGCUUUACUGGCUGAGGGAGCCGAUGUUUGUCCUCAGAUAGUUUUUCCGGGUCAUGUGGCCAGAAUGACAAAGCCGCUUCUGGCGAACCAGAGCAGCGCACGGAAAUGCCAUUUACCUUCCCGCUGGAGCGGUACCUAUUUAUCUACUUGCACUUUGAUGUGCUUUCGAACUGCUAGGUUGGCAGGAGCAGGGACUGAGCAACAGGAGCUCACCCCAUCGCAGGGAUUCGAACUGCCGACCUUCUGAUUGGCAAGUCCUAGGCUCUGUGGUUUAACUCACAGCGCCACCCGCGUCCCUUCUUACUGCUUAGUACUCUGGGUAAAAAAAAGAAAGAAAAUCAGAGUGGGAGACAUCAGCACAGACCUUUUACAGAGAAAAUGACCCCCGUUGCACUGCAUAUUCUCUCCUUGAGCUGCUGGCAAUGCCUUCUGCCACUAGGGGUCCCCAGACUUUUGAGGGUUCCCAAGGAGGCAUGUUUUGGCAGCGUGAGAAACUGCCAUGGGCACUGUUGCCAUGUGGGCUCGACAAAUCACGAAGACAAAAAAAUAUGGGUCACCUAGAUGGUGGCACAUGGAAAACAAAGCAAAAAGGCAAAACACGUGUUCACACCCUAUCUCCCCCCGCUCUCCGGAAAUGCACAAUGCGCUCUCUAAAAAACAAUAAUACAUUAAAAGCCAGGCAAGCCACACAAACACGGACACUCCAGCCUGCCUGAAACAGCAAAACUCAUAUGCCAAAAACAAAACCCCAAAACAGGCAACACCCAAAGGACCUUGUCUUGUAAAUCUGCUCCUCCCAAAGCAAAACUUCAUACAGGUAUGAACAAGGAAACAAGUGAAAUAAAAGUGUAGAAAGCUGCCUCCUUAUCAGGUCCUUCUACACUAGCAUUGUCUGCACUGACUGGCAGCUCUCCAGGAUCUCCAACAGAGAAAGGCCUUCUGCACCACUAGCUACUCGAUCCUCUUAACUGGAGUUGCGGCCGUUCAAACCUGAGACCUUGGUACUCAAUACCUCCUUCCCUCCCCUUGCAGCACAGACCAGCAAGAAAGGUGUAGAAGGAGGCAAAAGACCCAAAACCCUUUGAUUGCCACAGCAAAAGGGCACAGGCUUGAAAUAACUGCAUAGCUUUCUGCUUUGCCCUGCCUCCAUUUCCCUCCCGCUGCUGUUGUUUUCCCCUGUGUCUUAUUGUAAGCCCCUUGGGUUCAGGUACCUGUCAGACCUGUGCCUUCUAAAGCAACCGAGUUGUAAAGCUCAGGGAGGUUUGCUCAGGCAUCCUGCUUUCAGUGCUGCAGGGAGGGGACAGCAUGAAGCAGAGAGCCCUUGUGCAUGUGCAGAGUGCUGCUCCUUGCUCACUCCAGUCCUGAUGUAUCUGGGAUUAUGAGGAACUGUCUUUCAGAGUGUGUAACUUUCUAAGAAAGGCUGGAGUCUCCAGAGAGUCAUUCUGAAGACAAAGUUGGGCAGGGGUGGGGUGUUUUUGAGGCCUAGACUGACUCCAGCUACAAAAGCUGAGGCUGCUGAACAGACUCGUGGGCUGGGGUAUCGUUUAGAGCUUUUUGUUACUGUUUUUGAUCUCAAUCUUUCAGUAUCUUGAUUUUUAGAUCUUACGAUUUGUGUGGAAAUUUGGUUGUCUACUUUUGGGUGUGUUUUGUUUAUUGUUUAUGAGUACUUUUGUUAUGUUUGUAAUUAUGUAAAUCACUUUGUGAGCCACCUUGAGCAUAAUUUUAACUAUGGAAAGACAUCAUACAAAUAAGAUGAUGAUGAUGUUGAUGAUGAUGAUGAAGAAGAAGAAAGCGAGUUGGGGUGGGGAGAGAACCAAGCAUUUUAGCCAUCUUCCUGAAAUAAGAAGAACAGGCAGGGGCUAGGAGCCAAGUGACAAUAGGUUUUUCAAAGCCAGAUGAAAGACUGGAGUUCAAAUCAUUCUCCUUGCCAAAGGAGCAAGCCAACUGCUAGCAGCUGUGAAACCCUUGAUGGAUCUGCCAAUACUGACGCAAUGAAAUCUAAGUUUUAUGUUUGUACAGCAGGCUGCACGCCCCUCUCUAACCUGCAUCCAGACAAGCAAGAGGCGUGCUUAGAGUUCAAGGACAAAUUCCAGCCAGGCAAAAGCAUUCACAGAUUAUGUGGAACAGGGCCGGCAAGGGGUGUUGCCUGGAGAGGGGAGUGGCUAGUUAAGAGACGGAGCUUGAAUCAUAGAAUCAAAGAAUUGUAGAGUUGGAAGGGACCCUGGAGGCUCAUCUAGUCUAACCCUCUGAAGUUCAGGAAUCUUUUGCCCAGCAUGGGAUUCAAACCCUUGACCCUGAGAUUAAGAGUCUCAUGCUCUAGUGACUGAGCCACUCUGAAGAGAACCCCAAGGCCUGAUAGACAUCCUGGAGGGCCUCAUUCAGCCCCUAGGUCUGAGGUUCCUCUCCCCUCCUCUAUACCUUCCUUCUGCCAUGCCAGAAGGGGCAAUAAUAUCCCACGGAGAGACGCUUUUGAUGGCUGCCCCACGACUAGAGGCUUCCUAUUUCUGGAGGUUCUCCGAAGGCUGAGUAACCUCUAGGAAUGUUGGGUCUGGGUUGGCAGAGAGAGAACAUAUUUCAGAGUCCCUCUGCUUUGCUCACCUUGCCUUCUGUGGGCCAGAGGCAAGUGUGGAGCAGCCCAGUCUGGGGUUUUCCUGGUUCCAAACUGUGUUGUGUUGGAGACUUGGGAGGAAAAUUGGAAAAGACUUGAGGAGGAUGCAGGGUUUUUGCAACGCCAACCGGAUGGGACCAAAGGCUGCUGGGAGGCAGAACAUGCACAGCAGUGAUUCCCUAUAGCAGGAGCUGGAAACUGUUUUGACCUCUGAGGCCACAUAACAUGGGUGGGCAGGGCCAGCGGCAAAAGCAGAUGGGGCAAUGAAUGCAAAUUUUACUCGGUGAACACAGCAGAGCUUGCUUCUGAGCAGAUACGCCUGAGAUGGCACUGCUUUGCUCAUGUGGUUUAUUACUUAGGGGCGGUGAGAGAGGUUAUGCUGCUUCUAAGGCAUCGUGCUGUCUGCUGGAGCCUAGCUGAAGAGGUUGGUGGGGGUGGGGACAUAGAAAAGCAGGCUGGAGGUUUCUGCUAAAGUGAUUAAUAAGUUCCUUGUCCCCAUGUACUCCAGAAGUGUCUAGAAGAGGCUAUCUAUCUAUCUAUCCAAAAGCACCUCUUUUGCCAAAAAGGCACACUCUCUCCAUCUGCCUGUCUCGCUCUCUGCUUCCUCACCCGUCUCUUUGGCGUCUUUCCCCACUGCAGGAGUCUUAGGAUGACUCAUCCCCAACUUAGCUCACCCAGCGCUGAGUCAUGGUUUCCACUGCAGGGGGAGAAGGGCCAGGUGGAGGGGAAUCAAGGGCCUGAGGCGGGAAGCAAGGGGUGUGUGGCGUGUGUUGUCUAGGGAACUGCAGGCCCUCUCCCCCAAAUCUAGCUUCUGCUUUCUAAUAAGCUUCAGAUCACCGGACCGGCUGUGUUCAGCCAGAAUAAUUUUUGACAAUUCCCCUUUUGCCCUCCCAGUCCCAUCUCUAUAUGAUCGGGUGCCUUUUCUACUCCUAGAUUCCUCCCACGCUCCACACCGUAGACUGAAAGGAAGAUGAAGUCCACCAUUGGUAUUGCAGUCCUCGUGACAGGUAAAACUCCUUGCCUUGUACUGAUGUCAAGGGUGCCACUUCCUUACAUGAAAAGUUGUUUUUUUUUUAAAUGCCUUGGUUCUCAAACGCCUUGGUACGCAAACAACCUGGAACCCAAACACUGCAAACCCGGAAGUCUUUCGGUUUGCGAACUUUUUUCAGAAGCCGAACAUGCUCCGUUUUGAGUGUUACGCUUCCAUUUUGAGUGCCAUGCUUCUGUUUCAAGUUUUACGCUGAGGUCUGCCUGUUUUUGCUGUUUAUUUUGCAUUUUUGCAGCUCUUUUUUGUUUUGUUUUUGUGACUGUGUGCAACCCAGUUCAGCUACUGAUUGAUUGAUUGAUUGAUUGUGUGACUGCAGUACAUUGUUUAUUGCUUUCAUUUUAUGGAUCAGUGGUCUUGUUAGCUAGUAAAAUUCAUGUUAGAUUACUGCUUUAGGGAUUGCUUUUAAAAGUCUGGAACGGAUUAAUCCGUUUUGCAUUACUUCCUAUGGGAAAGCGCGCCUUGGUUUUGGAACGCUUUGGUUUUGGAACGGACCUCUGGAACGGAUUAAGUUUGAGAACCAAGGUACCACUGUAAAUGAAUCAAAACAAUAGAAAACAGCCCCCCCCCCCCCAAAAAGGAGGUGGUGUCCUUACAGUGACCCGGAAAGGGAGACCCGAAAGGGAUGCUCCCCUUUGAUGAGUUAAUUAACCUAACUUGAUGGAUUAAAAAUGCUCUUGUUGUAUUAAUUUCACCUCCUAACUGAUGAGGCUGCAGGGAUUGCAGCUCAGCUCUGCAGAUCAUUGCUUCUCCCUGUGUUGGUUAAAACCUCUUGCCUUCCUCAGUGCUCCAAGUUGCUCGCUGCCAGAGGAUUAGAAGCCUGACCGCUUGCCUGAGCGACCAAAGCCUGCGCUUGGACUGUGCGUACGAAAAGAAGACCGCUAAUGCCCUGAGCUACGACUUCCGCCUGAACAGGGAUGUCGGCGUGGGGGUUGUUGUUGCCAGCAACCAGAACGUCCCCAACGCCAUGUACAAGAACCGGGCCAACGUCACUGUGUCCAACAACCUAGUGUGCCUUCACCUCGCGGGCUUCACCACCGCCGAUGAGGGGACCUAUGUGUGCAGGCUGAAGAUCACCAACGAUUAUGAGGAUAACCAAAUGAAGAACAUCUCAGUUUUCAAAGGUGAGGAGGCCUGGAUGCGAGGCAGGAAAAGAAUUCAGAGGAGCUGGUCUUGGUCCUGAAAAGGGGUGGGUGGGGGGGUGGGAGAGAAAUUCAAUCUCGUUUGCAUCUUAACAAGAAACUUCCCAAUUCACAAUUAGACCAGAACACAGCUAACCUUCAAAAUUCAGACUUUUCCACAUUUUGCAGUGUGGUUCUUUAGCCGAAUGAUGUGCACAGAAAUGGAAAUCCAGGGGAUAACAUGCAAAAAAAGGCACCUAUUUUAGUGAAAACGAGACCAAAAUUAUUGUAUUGUGGGAAGCUGCUGGCGAAAAUGUGUAUAUUUGUCAAAAUGGUGUAGCAGGAGAAAUUCACACUAAACUGCUGUCAAACUUUGAUGGACUUUUCUUUUUUAAGCGCAAAUUGCUGCAGAAUUGUGGAGAACUGAUAUUAAGGCUGGAUAAGAAUGGGAAAUUUGCAGAACCAAAAAUGGAUGGGUUUGUUCAUCCAUAAGGGUGGUGAACUGUGAAUGCAGGCAAAGAUGUUUAUUGGGUUAGAUUUAAGACAGGAGGCAAAGUGACCCACCCGAAUUCACAGGGGGUGGAGGGGAGGGUAGAAAUCAGGUAGGCACAUUUUUGGUGAUUUAUUUUGGGUUCAUGGCUUUAUUUUAUUAUCAUCAUUAUUAAGAAUGGUACAUUGAGUUAAAGUAAAUAGAAAAAAAUAAAAAGAAUACAUAAAAAACAUUUUAAAAGGCAAAGGAAAACAACAACAAGAAUAUGGCAAUGAAAUAUAAUUAUGGAUACGGAACUAUAUACAGUGGUACCCCGCAAGACGAACGCCUCGCAAGACGGAAACCCGCUAGACGAAAGGGUUUUCCGUUUUGGAGGCGCUCCAUAAGCGAAUUUCCCUAUGGGCUUGCUUCGCAAGACGACAGCCCAUAGGGAAAUCUCAGGGACAGCGGGGAAGCGCAGCGCGUCUUCCCCACUGUCCUCGGACCUCCUCCGAAGCCUGGCGGCGGGGCGGGGACACCUCCUCCCGCCGCCGCCGGGCUUCGGAAGGCUCCUCCGAAGCCGGGCGGCGGAGGGAACACCUGCCGCCGCCGCCGGGCUCGGAGCGGUGCUCCGAGCCGGGCGGGGAGGGAACACCUGCCGCCGCCGCCCGGCUCGGAGCGGUGCUCCGAGCCGGGCGGGGGGAGGGAAGACCUCCGCCUCUGCCCGGCUCGGAACGGUGCUCCGAGCCGGGCGGUGGGGAGGGAAGACCUCCCCGCCGCCCGGCUCGGGACGGUGCUCCGAGCCGGGCGGGGGGAGGAAGACCUUCUGAAGGCGGGCGGGGGCGAAAGUCUUUGCUCCCCCUGCCUGCCUGUCCCGGAGGGCUUUUGAAGGCGGGGGAGCAAGACUUCGCCCCCGCCCGCCUUCAGAAGAGGUCCAGGACCUCUUCUGAAGGCUGGCGAGGGCAAAGUCUUUGUCCCCUGCCUGCCUUCCCAGGGGCUUUAAAUUGCCCCGGACAGCGGAGAAGUCCUCCGCUGUCCCGGAGUGAUUUUAAAAUGCCGCCCGCCAGCAUUUUAAGAUCGCCCGGACAGCGGAGAAGUCCUCCACUGUCCGGGGUUUUAAAAUGCUGGGGGUGGGAAGAAAAGCCCUUGCCCCCCAGCCUUCAGAAGAGGUCCGGGGACAGACUGUCCCCGGACCUGGUCUGAAGGCGGUUUCCCUAGGAACGCAUUAAUUGAUUUUCAAUGCAUUCCUAUGGGAAACCGUGCAUCGCAAGACGAAAAACUCGCAAGACGAAGAGACUUGCGGAACGAAUUAAUUUCGUCUUGCGAGGCACCACUGUAAUAUGUAUGUAAAUGGAUAAACAUAUGGUUUCCCUCAAGUCUACCUUGACUCAUGGGUCACUAUGGUUUUGAUAAAUACUUUCCAAAUAUCAGAUUUGUCCAUACAUCAUCUUCGACUGAAAGCAAUCCGUUUGUGGGUUGCAAGAGUUGUCAUAUCUAUCUAUCUAUCUAUGACUUUAUUGAAUGGUUCUGAUAGACUGAUUGCCAUUCCCAAGGUGAUUUCCCUCUUUUAAAAAAAAAUGCUCAAACAAGUAGACGGCAUAAAAGGGAAGGUGGGAAUCCCCAGGCCCAGUGUUUUCAUCAGGAAAACUAAUGCAACCUUUCCCCACAUCUGAAUGCGCCCUUUGUUUCUUGCAGACCGGCUGGAGAAAUGCGCAGGAAUCAGCCUCUUGAUCCAAAACACCUCCUGGCUGCUGCUGCUCCUGCUCUCGUUGCCUCUCCUGCAAGCUGUGGAUUUUGUGUCCCUGUAA